AUGGCUAAGUCUACAGAAAUACUUAGGCAAUCUCUAAUCUUGAUUUAUGAAAACCCGCAAACGGUUGAGCAGCAGACACGAGAGUUGCACAAGCUUCCCGAGGCCGGUAAUACCGUUGACACAAUCGUCUAG